AAAAAAGAAUGAAGCUGAAAUGAGAAAACAAUGGCUGCUGUGUGCGCUCCCCAAAACCCUAACCCUAGCUCGCCGGAGCCACCCAUUCUCUUCCUCCAGCUCUGGCGGGGGUGUGGCGGUGAAGAAGGUGACGAAGGCCAACUUCGAGUCGACGUUAGAGGACCUGCGAACGCGGGUUCGGGAGGCUGACUUCGUGGCGAUCGACCUUGAGAUGACCGGAGUGACGAGCGCCCCGUGGCGUGAAUGCUUUGAGUUCGACCGCUCCGAUGUGCGGUACCUCAAGGUUAAGGACUCCGCUGAGAAGUUCGCCGUCGUUCAGUUCGGUGUCUGCCCCUUCCGUUGGGAUUCUUCCCGUAGUUCCUUUCUUGCCUAUCCGCACAAUUUCUUUGUAUUUCCUCGGAAAGAGCUACCACUUGAUGGUCCAGCAUAUGAAUUUCUUUGCCAGACGACAUCAAUGAACUUUCUAGCUAAAUACCAAUUUGACUUCAAUGCAUGCAUACAUGAAGGAAUAUCUUAUUUAUCCAGAGCACAAGAAGCAGAGGCUCUUAGCAAGUUAUCUUUAGCAUAUGAGAAUGAAUUGACUAAUUCCACAAAUACCUCACAAGAAAAUUUAGAAAUACCUAUAGUGAGUACUGCAGACCUUCUCUUCACAGAAAGGAUAAAGAACAGGUUCCAUGAAUGGCGCAAUGGAAUCAUGAAAAACAGUUGUACAGAUCACUAUUUGAAAGAAGAACCAGGGUGUGUCAUGUCUCAGUUUCAGACAGUUUUCUUUAAGAUGCGACCAGCGGUCGAAUUAAAUGGUUUCAAUUCCCACCAAAUGAAGUUGAUUCAAUUGGUAUUGAGGAAACACUUCAAAGAUCUCGUGUUCAUUCGUACACCUGGUGAAGAGGUCGUAUUUGAAAAGAAAGUGGUGUAUACUGAUUCUGAGGAAGACAAGGCAUUGCUUAUGAGGGAAGUUCUGGAAGAUCUUCAUAGGAGCAAGGAAGCAAGAGUCAGAUCUGCUGUGGGGUUGCGCCAUGUUAUUGAUUGCCUUGUAUCCGAACAGAAAUUGAUUGUUGGACACAAUUGUUUUCUAGAUAUUGCACAUGUAUAUAGCAAAUUUUUUGGUCCUCUUCCUUCAUCUUUAAUGGAGUUUGCAUUAUCCGUACAUGAGAAUUUUCCUAACAUUGUGGAUACCAAGCAUUUUCUAAAUUCAAGUCAUGUACUUCAGUAUUUGAUGAAGAAAAGCAGCAAGUCAUUGUCUUCAGCAUUCUCUUUGCUCUGCCCAAAAGUCUCUUCUUAUUCAGUGAAAUCUGCACAUGCUUCUUAUGUGAAAUUUGAGGUUGAAGAAGAUGAAGCCGGGUCAUCCAACUGGACCUCAGGUGCAAAGCAUGAAGCCGGUUUUGAUGCUUUUAUGACUGGAUGCUUGUUUGCUCAAGAAUGUGCACAUUUGGGUAUAAAGUUUGAUCUAAGUUCACCAUUAACAAAUCUGGCAACAAAUGAGAAGCUAAAGGGCUACAUCAAUCUUCUCUACCCCAGCUGGAACAGUGGAACUGUAAUCGACCUUACUACUGGUAUUGAGAAACCAGAGUCAAACUACAAACGAAAAUACCCUACGGUUUUAUUUUCAAACAUUGUCCUACUCUGGGGCUUCCCGUCCAAGUUCAAGCCAAAAGACUUGAAGGAUUGCAUAACUAAAAUUUUUGGUGCGAGCUCAGUAACAUCAAUCUUUUUCUUGGACUACACAGCAGCGCUCAUUCAGUUCAGCAAGAAGGAAUUUGUGAAUGAUUUUUUGAUGCUGAAGGACACAUUGGAAAGAAACCCGGAUGAUCCAAUAUCUGUGCUUAACCCACUCGCUGGACUAUUAGAAGGUGACAAUACACGAGCUGCUGAUUAUGAUACCUAUAAGACUAUCUGCAGUUCAUCUGCAUCUAAGGUCUUGUUCGCUGACCAGGCUGAAGCCGCAGGCAUCAGAUGCAAGACUUUAUUCAGUUCUCAGAGUCCAGAGGCCGGAAGCUCUGCAGAAACACGGCCUUAUUCUCAUCAUGUUUCUUGUGAAGAUAUAAUUGAUACUCUUUAUGCAGCUAGAUCAGUAUCAUGAGAAUGUAUGAGUAGCUUAUAAAUUAUUUAUGUUAGUUCCCGAGUAUUUUUGUAAGAUACCAAUAGUUUGGAAAAACGAAAGAUUGUUACAAGGAAAAAUAUCUUUGUUUCCGGUCA